AGACUCUCAACCUGGUCCACGCAAAUAUGGAAGGAUCUAUGGCUGCGCCAAACAGCGGGGAAGCAUCCCAGACAGCAUCCGCCUUCGUGGAGCACGAACGGAAGGAAACUGAAGGAGCGGUGUUUGUGCUGUCGUCUUAUCAUGGCGAUCCUGGCCCUCCAGCACCGCUCCCGCCGCCCGCGCCUGUGCGUAUUGGUGACAACCACGAUGAUGACGAAGUCACAGUUCUCCACCCCGGAUCCAGCGCUGUCAGCUCCGUCUUCGUCAUGGCUAAUUCGACUGUGGGCGCGGGUGUUCUGUCGUUACCGUUUGCUUUCCAAGCCAGUGGCUUGCUAGGCGGCCUGCUGCUCUGCCUGGCAGUCGGCACCACGGAGGCUCUCACGCUGUACGUGCUGUCCAAGUUUGCGGAGCGCUACACGGCACGCACGUACGUGGAGCUGGUGCGGCGGGCGCUGGGUCGCAAGCUGGCAGCGCUGCUGAGUGCGGUGCUGGUGGUGGCCAUGUUUGGAGCGUGUGUAGCGUAUCUGAUCAUCCUGGGUGACAACCUGAGCUCCCUGGCGGCUGCUGCCGGGCUGCCUGCGUGGGCCGCCAACCGGCACCACAUCAUAGCGGCGCUGGGGGCGGGCGUCAUGCUGCCCAUGUGCCUGCCCAGGCAGCUGGGUUCUCUGGCGCGCAUGAACCAGGUGGCGGUGCUGGGCUUCCUGGUGGGGGCGGGGCUGGUGGCGUUCAGGGGCAUGCAGAUCGCGCUGUCCCGGCCGCAUCUGAUGGAGGGUGUUCGGCUGCUAGCGCUGGAUUACAACAGCCUGUUCGCCAUCCCCAUCGUGGUGUUCGGCUUCAACUGCCACUCCACCGUGGUGUCCAUCUUCCAUGAACUAGAGUCCACGCCGGGUCUGCUGGUUCCGGUGCUGCCGUCCAGCCCCUCCGCCUUCCGCCGCUUCCGCUACAUGCCCCGCCCGGGCAGCCGCAAGCUGGUGGGCAUGCUGGGCAUCAUCAUGGCCAGCACGGGCAUCGUGUUCCUGACGUACGUCAUCGUGGGCGGCUCCUGCUACCUGGCCUUCCCGGGCCACGUCAGCUCGAACAUCCUGGUGUCAUUCCCGCAGAACGACGUCAUGGUCCAGAUUGCACGUGCCGCCGUCAGCCUCAUCGUGUUGGGGUCCUACCCGCUCACCCACCACCCGGCCCGUGCUGGCUUUGAGCACCUCGUGAAACCCGCCAACGCCGUUGCCAGCGCCGGCAGCAGCGAUGAAGCAAAUGCGCUGCCUCCCGGAGUGCCGCCAGCGCUGUCGGUUGCCUUCACGCUGGUGUUUGUGCUGGGCAGCACUGGCGUGGCGGAGGUGGUUUCCGACCUAGGCUUGGUCUUGCACCUCAUCGGAGGCCUAUGCAUCUCCUUCAUUAUCUUCUUUUUACCAGGGCUGCUGUUGAUUAACGCAGCUAUCCUCAAGUAUUCACGAACGGAGCUAGCGCGUCUAGAGGAGGAGGCACAGGCUGAUGAAGAGGACGGCCAAGCCCGGGCAACGCCUACAAGUAGCCUAAAGGAGCCGCUACUUGCUCGGCUGCAAAAUGCACGGGAGAAAGGCAUUAAGAAGAGCGGCAUCAUAUACGCGCCGCGGUUGUCUUGGUUGUUCGGUACCGCUCUCCUCAUCCUCAGUGUCAUCGUUGCUGGAGUGGCCCUACUAACUGUGGCUCUUGGAGGAUAACUUAGCGGUGGCGUAAGCGGGCAUAAGGCGACAAGAUUGGAGCUCUAUAGUACGGCAUGAGCAGUACAAUGCGGUGGGGAAUCGCCUCGGACAACCUCAGGCGAACGUAUACAGAUUCUGAACAUGCACAACAUAAGAAAGGUGGAGACGCGCAAAUGAUUGGACGACAACCGAAUAGAACACGAGCCGCUGUGCGCUGGCGCCUUUCCAAGGGCAUUUCAUUCUUGCUUAGCACUUUGUAGGACGUAGGGAGUAGGAGGCUAGGGAUAUUUUGCGUAAAGGGCACAGUUCUUCGCGGCUGUUACCGCGGUACACCGUCCCUACGUUGGCGCCCAGGAGUUGCGCUGUCGGCGCGUCCUCCGCUAUGAAGGCAGGACGCUCCUGCACCCAAAGCAGUUUCGGGCGUUCGCGUUCAUAGGCUAUUAACGUGGUAGCAGCCCAGGUUCAGAAGUUGCCAUGGACGGGGAGCCUUGGCAACGUGGCCAGCGGGGUCCGGGGCACGGCCGGCACGCCUAUGAUGGUCCUAAGUCUCCGAGGGACCAAUUUUAUGGCGGGCCCCUACGGGAUAGCAGGGACGUUUAUAGGCGCUCAUCCUACGACCGAGGCUUUAUGUCACCGCUGAGCAGGCCUGGAGGCUUCAAUGGGCCAGGAGGACCUGUCUCUCUCGAUCGUGAGCGCAACCGGGGCUUUUCGCCAGAGCGGCGUCCUUACUCGCCUGACCAUGACCGCCGCGGCUAUUCACCAGAGCGGACUAUUGACAGGGAUCGCGCCCCACGCUAUCAGAGUCAGGAGCGGCCGAACGGUUACCGGCCGCGGGAUGACUCCUUUCGGCGUGACACGUACAGCUAUCGCGCCGAGGACAGCAGAGCGUCUGCCAGGUCGCGUGAUCCAUCGCCAGAAAACCAUCACGGACACUACCACGCACCCCGCGACCAGCCUCAGCGCGACCGUGGCAGCGACAUGGACCCGCACCAGCGGCCUCCCAGCCGCGAGGGCACUCCGCUAGACUCUUGGGCAGCUGAGCGCACCGGCAGCAAGCUGCCUCUCCUGCCCUCCCUUGGCAGCGGCCGUGUCAGCCACCGCAGUGGAGCCGCAGCCCCAAGCAGCUCUGGUUCCCUUCGCGGGGCAGCCCCAGACUACUCUGACAAUGGCACCUCCGCCAAUGGCGACCUAGAAGCAGGCGAGGUGGCCCCAGGGCCAGGGCCUGGCUCCCGGGCCGAUCCUUCCCGGCCGUCUCCCGACCAGCACUCCAGCCACCACCACAGCUCCUCCCACCAUCACCACUCCUCCUACCACAGCCACCACGGCCAUAGCAACCACAGCGGGUACAGCCAGCAGCAUCACGGCCAUCAUAGCGGGCAUGCUCCUGGUCCAGGCCCGCCUGGCCCGGGUCCCGGCCCUGGCUCGCACCAGGGCCACCAUGCCUCGCCGCGUCCUGCCGCAAACGGUCUACACGCCGGGCGCUCAGGCGGUUCCUCCGGCGGUUGGGAUGCAAAGGCUAGCGCUCUAGGCCCGGGAUCUGGGUCGGCAGCGCCGCCGCCGAGGGACGUGUUACGUGACGGCAGCCGGGAUGGGAGUGCUCGCGGAGAAGGGGGGCGUGACGGCGGCCGCGAGUCGCGGGACGGUAGCAAGGCGACAUACCGGGCGCCGUCAUUCUCUGGCUUGCAGGGCCAAGCAGCCCGUGACUGCUCUGCGGCCCGUUCCGAUGUAGGCCCUAGCAGCAAGGAAGCGCCGCUAUCAGGCAGGGAGCGCGAGAGGGAAAGGGACAAGGCCUCGCUCGGCGGCUUAUCACACCCGGGGCGAGUCUCCAGUCAAGGGGGUGCGCGGCCGCCGUCGCCUAGCCAUUCGCAAAGAGAUGCAGCUGGAGGCGAGGACUGUCUUGCUCCUGCCCUGGCAGGUAGCGGCGAACCGCAAGGCAGCGGGGACCGAGAGCGCAACCGCGGCAACGAGGCUGCAGCUGUCGAUCGGCGGUGGUCAACGGGCAGCGGCGGCGUUGCAGGUCAGCCUGGUCACCGUCGCAUGAACUCUGGUGAGGCAACUGCGGCAGGCUUGACUGCAGCUCCGGCUGCUAUCGAGCGGCGGCCCAGCAGUGUGUCGUCCGAACUCAACCAGAGGUGCAGCACGGGGGCGGCGACUGCAGCAGGAGGAGGGCUCAUAGACCGCAAGACCAGCAGUGCAAGCUCCAGCCAGGGGCUCCUUACCCCGCAAGACGUGGCGAUGCCGCCAGCCCGCGUCUCAACCGCCGGCACUGCGCACCUACCCGUGGACGGCCGACCGCCAGCAGCAACGGUAGCGGCAGUAACGGCACCCCCUCCAGAACAGCUGGCUACCGCUGCAGGGACCUCUGAUGGGGCCGAUGCUGCGGAACCGCGUGAGGCGGUUGCUUUGGCGCCCCAGCAGGCUGAAGCGCCUGCUGUUGCGGAGGACGUGAUGGAUAGGGCCCCUGACGCCAGCGCGGACCCAGCAGGGGACAGUGGUGCCGCGAACGGCGCCCCUGACGCCAGCAAUCUCCCGGCAGUUGCGAGCGUAAGCAGCUUGACGAUGUCGGAAGAGGGUGCAGCGGCCAUGCCAGCGCCGGCGCCGCAGACCGCAGACGCAGCAGCCACGGAGCCAGAGCCAGGGGAGUUGCUGUGCGAGAAUGAACCUGCACCCGGUCCUGCACCUGCCACUGCUUUUGCCGUUGCCACUGACGGCGCUGCGGCAGCUGCCCAACAACCUGCGGAGCAGCCAGCGGUUGCCGUGUCCCAGCCAUCGCCGGCGGGUGCAGCUGCCGCUAGUAACACGGGGCAGCCCGCUGGCGGCGAACAGGCGCAGGAAACCGCCGCCGCUGGCUCGGAGCGGCAGCAGCAACCCUCCUCAGCCGCCGGCCCCGCUGGUCCCAGCGCUGCUGGGGGUGAGGACGCGCUGGCAACGGAGAGGAAGAGCAGCCUUAGCAUUCGCCGGUUCGGCUUUGGCCGCGCAAGGCGCUCGCUUCCUGCCAAGUCGGCUGGGGAUGCGGCUCCGGAAGAGGGUGAGCUGCCCAACGCGCUGAGCAGCGGAGGGGCCGCCAUGACAGGCCAGUUCAGCAGCGACGCACAACCCCUAGCGGCUACAGCCACCACCCCUGCCUUCGCCACGACGUCAGGCCCGGCUAUAGCCCCACCGGACGCUGCGGCUGCUGCGGUACGGCAAUCAGCCUUCCAACCAGCAGGUAUUGUCGUACCAGAGCCCGCAGGAGUCCUUCCGGGCAGCAGCACUGCGGCCACCCCGACGCCCUUUGCCGCGACAACGCCGGGCGCUAUGCUAAGUCCUGGCGGAAUGCAGUUUUCACUCCUGACGUCGCCCCGUACGACAGGGGCUGUGUUUGUCGUACCGCCGCCGCCGACGGCUCUUCCACCAGCGACGCGAACUACGUCGCGGACAUCAGCGUUGAGUGGGGGCGCCGGUGCAGGCGGUGGCGGCGGCACUUGUAUUCCUAUGGAGGUGGAUAGCCAUCAUGGCGUGUCAGCGCAGGAUGUUGUAUAUACGGCACAGCAGCAACAGCAGCAGCAAUACCAAACAGGUGUUGAUGCGCCCGCCGCCGGAGUCCUGGGUGGCGGCAACCCGGCUGAAACAGUUGCCGGGCUGUCACUGCGGAUAGAGCACUUGGAAACGGAAAUUACGGAUUUGGAACGGAAGCUUGCAAAGCUGGUUUCGGAGGCCCGGCAAGCCCAGGCAGAGGCAGCAGAGCUUGAUGCCGAGGUGGGAACCCUUGACGAGCAACUGCUGCAGGACUCCUCUUCUGGUGGAGAGGAAAGUGACGGGGAGAGCGGCGCUCUCGACGGGUCCAAGCAGGACGCAGCGGACCUAGAGCAGGAGGAGGAGCGGGGCGCGGAGCGGAGCUUCGGCAGCACAACCGGCGCCGGCGGACUGGCAGGCGCAGGCGAUGCCGCACCUUCAGCCGCGGCGCCAGCGCCAACGGUACACGACGGAGACCGCAGCAAGGGAUUGGAGGCGGUGGCCCUGGGCGCUUCUUCAGGUCUCCGAGGCCGCGAGGACCUAGCAGAACCAGCAAGGGCUGCUGCGGCCGAGGCGCGGGCCUGUCACGGUGACGAGGAGGGCGAGGAGGCAGGGCCGUCUGGAAAGGGGCAGGACGCCGACGACGCCGCUGCAGCCGCCCAGGCAGCACCAUCCAUCAAGCCCCGCGGCCGGCCACGGUCUACAGCCAAGAUGCGAGCCGCGGAGGCUGCGGCUGCAGCAGCUGCCGCCGCCGACAGUCGCCGUAAGACCCUGGAGCAGCAGCACCGGGUGCGGUCCGACGGCCUCCUGCACCUGCCGGCGUUGCAGUUCAAGCCGCGCAUGCUUGAGGCGGCGCGGCGUGGCUCAGCUGCGGGGCGGGAGGAGGUGCUGCGGCUGCUGCCGGCGGACAUUGCGGCUCGGGUUCGCUCUGCGAUUGACGCCGCGGUGGCGCAGCAGGCGCGUGCCGCCGGGGCGGCGCCUGCGCCUGGUCAUGGGCGCUGGUCUGUGGUGGUGCCGCUGGCGGCGGUUCGUGUGGAGCCGUUGUAUCGGGAGCCGCAGGACCUGCCAGCCUUCCACGCCAACGCCGCCCGCCAUGCUGCCGUGUGUGACGCCGUGGGUCGCUUCCUGCGGCAGCGGCGGCAGCUGGUUGCAGCCAAGCAGGAGGUGCUUGUGGGCCAGUACGCACGCAACAUGGCGGCUUACAAGGAGUACAUCCAGCUGCAUGGUCGAAGACCGCCAGCGCUACCGCCGCCCAUGCACACCGGGCGCGGCGGCGCAGCCGGCGCGUAUGGCGUGUACGGCACCUCCCGAGCUGCGGCGUCGUACAAUCCGUACGCGUACAGUCAUUCGGACGUCAUUCGUUCUGACUUGGACGAGCAGCGGCUUCUGAACAACUUUGCGGCAGUGGAGCAGUUGAAACACAUGUGCGCGCUGCCGGACAUGGUGCUGGACCCUUGGGAGCGUCGGUGGCGAGCGUACGACAACCGCAACGGCAUUAUCGUGGAUCCUGUACGGGAACUCGAGGAGGAGCGGAUCAUCAAGGCCUGGUCUGAGGAGGAGCGCACGCUCUUCAUGGACAAGUUCCUGCAGCACCCCAAGGACUUCCGCAAGAUAUCCACCUACCUGCCGGGACGCUCCUGCGGCGACUGCGUUGCGUUCUUUUACAAGAACCAAAAGCUCGACGAGUUUGCAACCGUACGGCGAAAGCAGCAGCUCAAGAAGCGCCGCUUGCAGGCGGACAUGCGGAAGCAGCAGUACGCACCUCUACUGGUAGCUCCCAUGAUUGCCCGCCAACGAGCCAUGGGUCCUAACGGGCCCGGCGACGGCGGCGUCCGCGCCAGCGGCCGCGUACGGGGCGGCGGCCGCGGCGGCGGCGCCGGGCGCAUGCGCGGCAGCACCAUGAUGGAUCCAGACCAUGCCCUGGGACUGGGCCCUGCGCAUGGCGGCAUGGGGCUAGGUGCCGGCGGCAGCCUCCACAUGCCGGUGGGGACGGUGCGGCCCUUGCCGGCUGGCCCUAGCGGCCUGCCGACCUUCCAGUCGAUGAUGGCGGCGGCGCAACGCGCCGCCGCUGCCGCCGCAGGCGGCGUAGUUGACCCACGGGACGUCAUGGCGACCUCGCCGCCGCCGCUGCUGCCGCCCAUGAGCUCCUCUGCCGCGGCGGCGGCGGCGCAGCACCACCACCAGCAGCACGGGGCGGGUGAGCUGCAGGGGCCGCUGGCAGCGCCGCCUGCCACCACCACCGCCGGCAGCGGCGGCUGGACGGAUGACGACUUUGUGGAUUGCUACCGCCAGAACGGAAAGAACUGGGAGGCGUACUGCCGGGUCCUGGGUUUCCGGUCCGAAGCGGCUGCGAAACAGUACUUCUACCGUCAUAGGGAGCGCCUGGGGCUAGACCGGAUGGCGCCCUCUGUAGGCGGCGGUGCCGUGACCGCUGACGGAACCGGCGUCACCGCCAUUGCCGCCGUCAGCGCCGCGGGUCCCGGUCGCAAGGGCUACUUGUCGAGCCGCCCGGCGGGUGAGGACAUGGCAACAUCGGUUGCCACGGCCGCUGCUGUAGCUGCCGCCGCCACGGCGAAUGCCAUGGCGGCCGCUGCAGCCUCAGGCGCCACGCCGCUAGGCGGGCACACCCAAACGGCGUCAGGGGCUGCAGGAGCAGCAGCGGCAGCCGCUGCCGUGUCCACUGCGACGCUCACUUCGCCGACGCAGUUGGAUGAGACCUUUGGCUCGCUGGCCGCUCGGGAGCUUCCGUCCUCAGCUCACGCACAACUCUCACUCCAGCAGCUCCAAAACCCAUUGCAGCAGCAAUCGCAGGUCGUGCUGAUUCCCAAGGGCGCUAGCGGCCGUCGCCGCGGCCCCGCGCGUGUUUCGGCUGGCGCUCCCUCCCUCUCCAACGGGCCCCAUGCAGGCGGCUCCCUGCCGCUCUUGGAACCUGUGGAGGCGCUACCCCGUAUCCACGAAGCUCGCUUCCGGCCCCAUGACUUCAUGUUGGAGGCAACGGAGGCGAGAUCGGAUACGGAAUACGACACGGCUGCAGGCAGGGCUGACGUCAGCGGCGGCGGAGGCGUGCCGCCGCAGCUAGACCUGCUGACGGCGCUGCGCAACCCGUCAGGGAAUCACCUGUCGCACUUGCUAUCGGGUGGCUUACUGCCGAGCGGCGCAGGUGCUGGGGAAGGCUCAGGGAAGGCCGGUAAGGCGGCGUCGGGAGGUGCCGCCGCGGCCGCAGGCACCGGCGGGGGGAAUCGCAAGCUUGGCGGCGUGCUGGGGCAGUUGUUGUUGCAGCAACAGCAACGCGAGCGGGAGCAGCAGCAGCGCGAGCAGCAACAGCAACAGCAGCAGGCGGGAGGAUUGGGUCUGGGCAUGGGGCUGAACCUUGGCAUGCUGGGCGGCUUGGCGGGUGUGCUACAGGGCGGCGUGGGCGCUGGCGGUGGCGCUGGAGGCCAGACAGCUAUCAGCCUGUUCACAGGCCACUCCGGGGCCGCCCAGCCUGACGACCAGUGUGACCAGUUCUCCCCAACCGGCGACGAUGGGAGCAUGGGCGGCUCUGGACCCGGCGGCGGCGGCCGUAGGGUGGGCGCGCAUUAUUGGAGCGACGAGGAGAAGAUCACGUUUACCGAGGUGUUCAAGCGCUACGGACGCGAUUGGGCUCGUCUCGCCGACGCCAUCCCAACCAAGAGCACCAACCAGAUCAAGACCUUUUACCACAACUACAAGUCCAAGCUGGGCUUUGACAAGAUGGAACUGCCCGCAUCCGCCGCUCAGCCCGUGGCCCGAAGAGGCGCACAAGGCAACAAAGCCGUACGCGAUAUCUCGGCUGGGGUUGCUUCCCUAGGCGGCGGCAGCAGCAGCCAACUCUACGAGGAAUACACCGGUGAGGAGGAGCGGCCCGCCAAGCGCCAUGCGCCUGGUCAGGGGCUGACUCCACGGCCGUUGUCGCCGCGUCGCGUGAGCGAAACCAGCGGCGGGGCCACCUCCCCUGCGCUACCGCCGGUCAUGGACUUGCAGGCGCUCCGGAACGCCUACAGCGCGGCCGGUGGCGGCGGUGGCAGCAGCGGCAACGCCGGUAACCUGCAGCAAAAGCAGCACCAGCAGCAGCAGCAGCAGCAACAACAGCAGCAACAGCAGCAGCUUUUCCUCAGGGACUCGUUGGGUCAUGCACAAGGGCAGGGCGGCGACGGCGGUGGUGGCGGCAAUAUGGAAGCCGCCGGCAACGCUGGCGCUACGCCCUCUGCCGCCAGCAUCCUGCAGCUCCUGAUGACCAGCCUUUCAGAGCUGCCGGGCGCCCCAGCUUCUAGCGGAACCACUGAUGCGCGGUUAUUCGUUGGCGCCGGCGGCGGUGGCGGCGGUGAUCGUGAUCGUGGUGGUGGUGGUGGUGGGGGAUCUGGGUCUGUAGCGCCGACACGUGGGCCAUCUCCCGGACCCGACACGAGCGGGGGGUCGGCGGCGGGUGCCGGAGCCUCGCAGCAGCAGCAGCAAAUCGGGGGGCUCAAUUUGGUACCCAUGCGUCAGACUGGGGAUGGCGGCGGCAACAGUCUGCAGGGUCUUACGCUACCGCGGGGGUCGUUGGGCAGCCUAUCGGCACUUCAGCUGCAGUCUCUGAGCGGCGGCGCUGGCGGUAACGGCCUCUUCGCGGGCGUCUUGCAGCCAGGACAGCAGCUGUCGAACCAGCAGCAGCAACAGCCCGUUAAGCUGCAGGCGCUGAACUUGGAGACGAUCCAGGGGUCCUUUGACCGAGAUCGCGACCGGGAUCGGGAGAAGGACAGCGAGCGCGAGCGCUCAGUCGGUGCCAGCGGCAGCAGCGGCUUGGGGGCGUUAGCUGCUGU